AUGGCCUUGGCCUCCCGGCCCCCUCAGCCCCGGCCCCCUCGGCCCCGGCCCGGCGGCAGAAGGGGCAGCGCGGGGUCGCUGCUAUCACGUUUCCCGUGCGGUGCCCUCGAUUUGUCUUUGCCGGGGGACAAGGGGACGCACGCACUCCCACUCCAGACACACCUCGCUGCCUCGCGUGGAGGUUUCCCAGGGCAGCGAGGAUGCGGAGCUGCCGCUCAUUGCCCUCGGGAAGGGGCCGGGACAUCUCGAUUUAUCGCAAGUGGCGACGGCUCAAGGACGGGAGGGGGAAACUCCGGGCCCAGGGAGAGGCCCUCGGGAACUGGGAAGCAGCGCGUAACCCCGGCCGCGGCCGUGGCAGGCGCGCCGGGCCGGGGCGGAACAGCGCCCGCAUCCUCCCGCGGGCCUCGGGGCGGGCGCGGCGGGGCCCUGCCCGGUGCCGCAGAGGGCAGGGCCCCGCCGUGUGCACCGGCACCCUGCCCGCACACGGCCUCCGUCUGUGCCUGCCGGGCAGCGGGGCGCGGGGGCGGCCGAGAGGCUCGGAGUCAGAACCGGCUCGACGCCGAGCACGGCCCGCCCACAGCGGAUCCUGCAGCUCGGCUGGGGACAGGCCGCGCUGCGGGAGUGUCGCCGUCGGGGGUGCUGCGGGCAAGGCAGCCCGGCUCUCGCUUUGCCUCAGCCCCGCAGCCCGUGGGGCUUUUCCAGCGCAGAUCUCUGCCCGCUCUACCGGCAGCGAGGGGCCGGUCCCCCGCCUGCGACGGGGACGGCGAGCGGGCAGGGCCGAGGAGCGGCGGGGAGCCACUAAUCUCGGCGCCUGACAGGUUUCGGUCCUCUGAUUACCUGCGUGAUUUGGCUUCCGAGAGGCGCUCCAUGGAGCGGCUGCUGCCCUUGUUUGGGCCGCCGAGGGACGGGGACGGGCCGCAGUCCGCGCCUCCCGGGGCUCAGGGACCCCCACCGCGGAAAGGGGUUGUAGCCUCCAGCUCCCGCGCAUCGCCUUCAAAGGCGAAGGCUCAACCUCGUCCACGUCGCUUUCCGCCGGGCCGGGGUUUUGUCUGGCUCCCGUUCCCGUUCGCCCCCUGAGCCCGGCACGCCGCCCUCCCGCCGAGCCCCACCGCUGCCCCCCGCUGGGACGGGGGGAGGCGAGGAGAGCCAUAACCUCGCCGGCGCUAUUUUUACUCCUCUCCAGACUUGUGCGGCGCACGCCCCCUCCCCUGCAGGGCCUUGCCUAGCGGCUGCAUCUCUCCGCUCUCAGGAGCGACCGGGGCCGCCCGCCUUUCACCUCCGCCUGCCCCGCCGGCCCCAGCGCCGGCACGGCCCGGCCCCUGCGCCCGGGGCAGCUCCCGCAGCAGCCCGAGGGGACAGGGCGGGGGCGGGGGACACGCACACGGGCGCGCCGCAAGCAGACAAAAUGGCCGUGGUAUGCAAGUGGGAGAGGUGGAGGGGGCAGCUCGCAGCCAGCCUGCCCUCCUCUUGCAGCUGGGCUGCCGGCCCCCUUCCCCAGAGCGGGGCCCGGGCCGCGCACCGAACCCCGGUGGGCUCGGCGCUGCGAGCUCUGAGCUCUGCCCGGGCCCGGCGAGAGCUUCCCCCGGCCGCGGCGCGGCAGGCCGAGCUCCCCGGCUGGGGGCAGGCCGAUGGAGCACAGCGAGUGUUUGUCUGCUUGUCCCUGCCGGGCUGUCCCCUCCGGGCGCCGAACGGGGACCGGACGAUCGCGGGCAUCUCCGCUGUUCCGUGGAGCGGGGAAGGGGUGCGGAGCGAAGCAAACGCAACCGGAGCGAUUUGUCAUUCGCCUUUGUAAGAAAGAUAGCGGCGCUUAGUCCGUGAACCGAGCGCGUUUCGGGCUCUUCUGGAAAGAAAAUUACGGAUCUCCUGUCAACGGAGUAGCCCUGAACUACGAAGUAAAAUUAUAGUAGUUCUGCUAUGCAAAACCCUUUUGAUUGCACGGGGAGUUUGCAUGGCGGUGUUACAAUAUGCUGACGCCGUGUCAGGUCUGAAAGCGCUGCAGACCCUGUAUAACGCCAAUUGAGGCUUGUCUUGUUUUGUUAUUCAGAUUUCUACACUUCCAUUAAAAACAGCCUUACAAUAACCAAUGAUAAAGGUCUGAUUUAAGACACACUCAAC